AUGUUGAUUGAAGUGGACAUCACAAAGGAGUUGCCAAAAACUGUGCAGAUUCAGAAUAGUGAAGGUGUGGCUAUUAGGCAAAAGGUAGAAUAUGAUUGGCUUCCCCCCUUCUGCAAAUCCUGUAAGGUCAUGGGACAUGAUUGUAGCAUUAAAAAGAGAAAUACCACUGGAUUUCAGCCUGCAGUGUUUGUUAAGCCCACUCAAAAGAUCCAGAAAGUUUGGAGGCCUAAAGAACCUAGAGUUAAUGUUGUUUCUGUAAUUUUGGAGGAUGAGACAUGUGCUGAAACUGUGAAGGAGGUGGCUUCUACUGUUGUUGAGAACACUCUAGCUGCUAUUGCUCAACCUAGUGAUGAUGGGUGGAGGGUAGUAUCUAGGAGAAGAAGGGAGACUAGAUCUCAUAUUUCUGCUCUUGGUUUGGCUCAAGUUCAUACUUCUGUGGUGAGUUCUUCUGAGGAUGAUGAUGGAGGUGGGGGAGAAGGUGGGUGA